AUGAAGUUGAGGUGGCUCCAUCCAGCUGGUAUUGUAUUGCUACUGGCCUCACGUGAACGCUGGUAUUAUGGUAAAAAAUGUGCCAUUCCAGACAAGAAGCUGUGGUCAAAACAUCAAGUCAGAAUAUUUUCUGACACAGAUAAUUAUGGUCUCGCAAGAUUUCGGGCAAGAAAGGCCCAAGAAACGUCGCAUGUUGAGGACUCUGAUGAGAAUAGGGGGAGAAAAGUCAUUCCCCCUAGACGAUUUAGAGAGGAAGAAGUCUUGCCCAGCCAGCCCAGAUGGGCAAAACAGGCUCAAAGCUUUCAUGAGAAUGGUGGGUCGUCUCAAGAUGACAUUACCAGCUUACAAGCAAAGAAAAAGAAAACAAAAUCAAAAAACAGAUCAACAUUAGCAGAAACUACACUUGAGUCUGUUGAGACUGAUGAAGAUGAGGAACUGCAGCCAAAAAGAAAAAAACAAAAACAAACUCAUUUGAUGUUGCCCAAUGCUCCUUCCUUUCAAUCUGCUUCAACACUCCAACCACAGUCCAGUUCUACAAGCCAGCAGAUUCAAGAUAUCUCUCAGCUAUUUGAUGGCUUGGAGAGAAGAAUACUGCUGAAACUUGACCAAAUCCAUGCCGAUAUUAAAACAGCUAUUGGACUGCAGUCUGUGAACCAGCAAAGCACCUCUGCCUUGGACCUAUUCGAGGUGCUAGAGGAGCCUUGCAAGUCAGUGGAGGAAUUGGAAGAGCUGUGCGAAAAGCUGAAAGCUGUUGAGUUUCGCAAGAAGAUUAUUCGAUAUCUUUGUCUUCAGAGUGCAGGCAGUUUGGGGGAUGGCAUUAGAAGAAUGCUAAAAAAAUCGGAGAGAAUUCCCUUUGGGCUGAAUACAGCUACAAAGGGAGAAAAGGAAAACGGGCAUUUCAGCAACUGCUGAUCAAUGAUGCGAUCAUACGUGCCUGCAGUAAGGUGUAUCCACACCACAAGACCCAGAGUGUGGAAGACAUGAUAGCCGUGACCCUUAAGCAUGCUCCACAUCGUGAGAAAGCAAAGAAAAAUGUUCAGGUUCCAAGGGUGGAAUCAGAUGUGGAGGAGUAACGCUUCAACAUGGAAACUUGGCAACUCCACGCAAACACACACACACGUUUUUGUUUAUGAAAAUAAAAGUAUUUUUGUGUCCUGAUAUUCGGAAUUUGUGUGUUUUUCCUUGUUGUGUGUUUGUUCCUUGGUUGUUCAAUUUUGUGUUAUCAGACUAAUGCUACACUAUAAAAGGGUGUUAAGAUGUUAAAAGGACUUCUAGUGAAGUUCCGUAAAGGUCCCCGAAAGUUUUCUAAACGUCCCGUGAAUGUCCCUCGGGACGUCGCGCGAAC